UGACACUAUCUUUUGCUACACAUGCCGUAUAUUCUGCAUUCUACGGUUUCGUCAUUGGAAUGGUGUUUACCCUAUAUCCUCAUGUUACGAAAGAUUAUGUUGGUGGAACAAACCUCACUGCUGCUCUCGCACUAGCAUCGAUGUUUAACGGAGUUGGUGCAAUGAUUGGACCAACCGUUGCUGGAUUGCUAUACGAUAUUACCAAAGACUGCACCACAUCAUUCUAUUUCUGUGGUGGUUGUAUUACAUUUGCUGGGAUCCUUAUGUUAACAGUAGCACCAGUCACCCUGCGAAUCCAGCGAUCACGAAAAAAGGUUAUUCACGUAAACAACGAAUUCGACAAUGUAGACUUUUAUCCACAUCGCGGGAGACCAGACACGUGCGAAUCCAUAAGUCAGAAAGGUGGCUGAACUAGUAGUAAGUGUUUGUAAUGAUUAGUUGAUGAACAUUAAGAACGUUUAUAGCAUGAGAGUGAUACAGUACUUCAUG